GAGGGCAGGAGAUAGGGCAUGUUGAGCAACCCAAAGAACGCAGAACUUCCCGAACCGCGCUCCGAUUUUCUGGCAUCCCACCAUAUUCGUCAUUUGGGGUCAAAUUGCGAAAUACGCCCAGGUCCCCCAACGUCACGACACCAACCUCUUCUAGCACAUGCCCCUCAUCACGUCAUCCUCGAUAGACGCGAUCGGAUGCCAGCCCCACGGGAUAUUAAUUGUAGGGGAUUUCGACAUCUAAUUGACGAAAGUUGUACGUCUGUGGUAUCAAUUAAAACGUUUGACUAAGUUUACAGUUUAAAGACAUCGAGAACUAGAUCGCAAUGGCGGCAGCAGCAGUAAGCACAUCGAGCAAUGCUACGGGGCUGCCCACUUACCACCAAGUUCCUGAAACCAAAUAUGACCUUGAUUGGGCCGAACUUGCGACUUUGGAUCUCUCCCAAUUCGAUCAACCCGGUGGCAAAGAAAAGUUGGCUGCCCAGCUCUUUGAUGCCAUACAGAAGAUUGGGUUUUUCUAUGUCAUCAACUUUGGUCUGGACCAAGACCAAGUAGACAAGCAGUUUGCCAUUGGCAAGGAAGUGUUCCAACUAUCAACCGAGGAGAAGCUCAAAUACCGUGCAGACCUUGAGAAUGGCGGAUACAAUGGAUAUAAGCCCCUUGGUAUCCGGGAGGUGCGUCCCGGUAUCUUCGAUAACACGGAGAUCUAUAACAUCCCGAAGUUCAUCCCAGAGCUGGAGAGGACACAUCCGGAGGUGAUUAACCAGAACCGUCCCAGCAUCGAAUCAUUUGCGAGACACAUUCAUGAAAACAUUGUGGGUAAGCUGCUUGUGUUGUUUGCGAUAAUCCUGGAGCUGCCGGAGGACUUCUUCCUUCAGCGACAUCGCUAUGAUGCACGAAGUGACUGCCACUUGCGAUAUAUGAAAUAUCAUCACCGCACAUCUGAGCAAAAUGAGGCUCUAGAGAACGUCUGGGUCAAGGGCCACACCGACUUUGGAUCCUUGACUCUCUUAUUCAGGCAGCCAGUCGCCGCAUUACAAGUGCGCACACCCGAGGGCCAGUGGAAGUGGGUCAAGCCCUACCCAGGUAGUAUCACCGUCAACCUCGCGGACUCGCUCGAGUUUCUCACGAAUGGGUUCCUCAAGAGUAGCAUCCAUCGUGUUGUUGCUCCGCCACCCGAUCAGGCCGAGGUGGACCGCCUUGGGCUACUCUAUUUCGUGAGACCAGAGGACAGCCUCGAGCUGAAACCUAUAGUGAGCAACGUACUCGAGCGUCUGGGAUACAACGAUGUCACCGAUAGCAGCGCUGUGGGUAUUACGGCAGGGGAGUGGGUGAAGGCGCGCGUGGCUAAAGGGACGGCAAGGAGCAAGGUCAGGAGUGACGUUGCAGAAGAGGAAAUUCUCAAAGGCAGAUCGGCGAAAUAUUACGAUUAGAUGUACAGAUAUCUCCUUG